AGUGGUUCCGGCCGAUUGUCUGUCUCACUCGGCGACGGCCGAGUUAAUGAUGUGCGGGAGCACGGAGUGGUUGGCAAUGAAAUGCAGCAAAAGUUAGGUGACAGGAAACUGCUCCUGUGCAAAGAUGUGGCGCCCCCUAGUGGUGUGGCCUUCCUGCAGCUGCCGUUCCGCUGUCCCCGGUGCGGGGAGCGCCAGCGGCUCCGGAGCCUGUCAUCGCUCAGGGCCCACCUGGAUCACCAGCCUGCUUACCACACAGUGCACCGCCUCUGCUCAUCGUCUGCCUGGGAUCCCGUCGAUGGCCAGGGGGGGCGCAAGAGGGCCGGCGUGGCGGGUUGCACCGAUAGGUGCCAGAGCUCAGAGCCCAGAGGUAUAGCGGAAUCCGCGGGGAAGGCUGGGACGUUGAAGGAGGGCACUGUAGCGGAGCAGGGAGAGGAGCAGCCCGGCGUGGGAAGUGACAGCAGCACGCUCAGCUACCGUCUGGCCCAGAUGGUGCCCAUGGAGGUGCGCGCCCCCUCCAGGUUGGAGGAGGCCCUGCGGGCGGCGAACGGCACCAUGAUGCGGCGGCUGCAGCGGCUGAGCACAGACCUGGCGCAGGUGGACGUGGAGCUACUGCGCGCACACGCUCGCUUCCGCCACCUGGCGCGUGAGAAGCAGCAGGUGUCGGACCGAGAGAGGGCGCUGUGCCGGCAGGUGGACACGGCCGUCAUGGAGAUCGGCCGGCUGCGAGAGCGGCUCUCCCUGUCCGAGCAGGAGCUGGAGAAGAAGGAGCUGGAAGUUAUCUCGAUUCAUAAUUUUCUGGAGGCCGCCACUCAACAUGAGAUGUGUGGGAAAGUUCGCCUGCAGAACUUCAUUGAGAACCUCUUGCAACGCAUCUCUCUGGCCGAGCGACUCCUGGAGUAUUACCACAGCCCCUCGAACCUGCGACACUGCAGGAAUUACAUGAUGUUCCAGCCUGUUGAAAACGGUCUUAGUGGAAUGGCUGAAAGCAGGUCGCCUGGGUGUCCAGAGGUGCCCCCUGUCUACACGGAGGCCAAGGCUGUCGCCACCCAGAACGGAAGGUCUUUUCCAAACCCCUCCAGAGUGAGGCAGGGAUCCAAGCAGAACUACUGUCAGUCGGGCCACACUUGAGGGGCGGGACACCUGGAAGCGUGUGGCGGAGGGGGGGUGAGGUGUUGGGGAUCCACAGAGAGGACGUAUGAUUGGCUGUCGCUGUGCUGCUGUUGCUAACGAGGGUGUGAGGCCGUCCAUACGUGGUUGCGUCUCUCUCACGGCGAGAAACUUUUGAUAGCUGAGUCUUAAAUGAUGCCAAGCUAGUCAUAUGCGAGCUGCAGAAUAUUCCCUUGAAAUGUGUCGCAGUAUCUUGUGCAAUGAGACAACAAAUGUAGCUUCAGAGCAGAUUGUCAUCCUUUUAGCCAAAGGCAAGGUGUAUUCACAUCUGUUUAUUUUUUCCUGUUUUUCAUCCUGUUUAGAAACAUGGGGGUGUAAUGAAAUUGAUCUGUGUUUUCUUACCUUAAACCUAAAUGCACUCACUCCCCCCAGACUAUAGAUUAUUGCUUAUGUUACCAAAGCAACUUCUGAUUGACAGGAUCAGUUUCCUUAAUGUUAUCUGGCCCCUUGUAGGAUCUCUAUGAGAGUAUUGCCUCUCUCUUGAAUAUGGAAAGUCUUUUAACUGCUUUUUUCCUAAAUUAGUCCUAUACUGUAAGCUGUGAGGUGAAAUAUCCACUCAGAACGGUGGUUUGUACAGCGAUUGUUACAGCCCUUUAAAUUAUCAUUUGUACAGGUUAUGCAUACAGAGUGGUCAGUGAUCAUUUACAGCAUUUUAAGAGAAUGUGAAGGCAAACCGUGCUUCCAAAAGGAUUUAGGAAUGUAACGUUUUGUCAUUGCAAUCCUGUAUUGUAGGCCUAUUUGUACUUUACAGGCAAAUCAUGAGUGCUAAGCAAUAAUCCAGAAGCGCUGACGUGAACUUUUGUUAGACAGUUCAAAAUCUUAUCCAUAUUCAGCGUUUUUAAAAUCACACUCGAGUGUGAUGAGUGCUGUAACUCAUAGAUUGGCCGAUGUUUACUGAAUGUUUCUUCAUUCAAAUAUGAUACUGUGAUACUAUACUUAGAUGUGGAUUAGUCUGUGUCGUUCGUGAUACGAUAUUCGUGCCUCUCCAUUGUGCGAAUUUUGUGCGGGUGUCAUGCAGUAAAUCGUUUGUACUACAAGUAUUUUUAGAACGUUACCGCUUACAUUACCCAAGUGCACGAAAUGUAGAUGUUUCGCUGAGGUGCCUGCCCUGCGAUUAUAUGGUGUAAUCUGUGUUGAGACAGAAACAAGCUGCACGAAACACUUUUUAAAAUAAGGUAUAUUUUCACGGCGAAGAAAUAUAUAUAUUUAAAAAAAAAACCAUAAGAGCUGACAAUCAUUGCUUGAAGCAAAGCUGACUGCUGUAAUGAGCAUAUGUAUUCUUGUGUAGUAUAUCUAGACACGUGUAUCGGCGUAAUCUGCUGUCAGAUGUAAAAGGAAUAGUCACCGUGUAUUGUGCUUAAGGUGGCUCAUCAGUUGUUGUGCCUUCAUCGAAAAAAACGCUAUAGUCUGAUACACUGUGUUAAUCGCGAUGCUGUGAAGUUCGUGCAAUUGUGACAUAUCAUAAAGAAUAAACACUCUACCUGAUCAACCCA